AUGGAUGUGUGCUCCCUGUACGGAGGCACGAGACCGGCGUCGUCGUCAACUGCACCGGGUGGCACUCGUCAGAUGUCUGGUGCGAUUGCCUGCUCCACUCAGCCCGACUGUCCCCCUGAAUCCCCUUUGGCCUGCGGCGAGCCGUACAACUUUUUCGUUCGCUCCUUCCUUGGUUUGCCAGUCCCGUCUGCCAAACGAACAGAGUGUUUGCCUGGAAACUCUGUAGUGCGCAGGAAAAGAGAAUUCACCCCGGAGGAGCAGAAGGACAGCAACUACUGGGUAAAGAGACGCAGAAACAACGAGGCAGCGCGCAGGUCCAGGCAGCGCAGGAGGAUGGAGGAAAUGCUGUUGGAGACGCGGGCGGUCGAACUUCUGCGGGAAAACGAGAAGUUAAAAGCUGCUCUCUUCGCUGUCCGAUACCGACUGGGCAACAACGAGCAUGACAAUGCCCAGGAAGUCUAUCGAUCGGGGAUGUGCGCUUUCCCCGAUCGGCCAUCAGCCCCUCAAGAGUUACCUGCGACAGAUGGGAGGCACCACGAAGUCCUCGCCUCAGACGCUUUCGCUCCCGGACACGGCGCCUUCGUUGUGGGCUAUAGUGAUGCACAUUUCUGUGACACAUCACAGAGCCAGUUGUCUUUAGACAUUAUCGGGGCGCCUCCACAUUGCCCCUCUCCUUCGGAGACUGAUUACGUGCCUUACAGACAGAACCAGAGCCGCGAAAACGACCCUGCGGGGCUUCCAAAAGCGAUUCGGAACGAGCCGUUUACUUAUGAACGUCUGUCUACUGAUGCAUUAAAUGUAAACCUUGAUGUGAAUUUUUGUUCUGACGGCAAUCUUCCAAGUCGGACAAAGGAAUUGGAGAACUCCAACGAGCCAGAGAAUCUGAGUGGAGUGAACGACAUUGCUUAUUGUAGAUCGCCACACAAACCAGCUCGCAAUGAGACGAUGUCCUCUGGAAUUCAACUGAACAAAUUGCCCCAUAAACUCCGAUUGAAAGUGACAGCCCCUCGCAGCAACGGAGACGGAAUAGGACUGGGUCUAGAUGCGCUUUCUCGUAAACAAGAUGUAGAGGAGCCCGCUUCUCAGGGGUCGGCCGAUCGGCCAGGAGCUCUGGACUUUUUGGAAGAAUCGGAACGGCAAGAUGCUUCACAGAAGGUCGAGUCAAUGGACGCGCUUUACAAUCGGAGACACGUCGCAGGGAGAGAAGAGGAAAGGAAAGAAGACCAGAGCCACAAUAAGAGGGGCACUCCUGGGGUCGUUCACUUUCACUCCGCUAAAAGAGACUGUCCGCUAACGAAGAAGAGGGAUGACUGGGGUGCAAACGACCAUUUGAGGGACCAGUUGGCGUCGCUGUCUGCUGAAGUGGAGCGCCUCAAGCAAAUACUUCUAAUGCGGACGACUGCUUAA